AGGCAUGCAGAGGCAAAGGCUAGACCAUUGUACGACGAUGCUUUUUCCAAACAAAACCCCACCGCAUCUUCUCAAAGGCUUUUCAGCCAGGCUCGUCUCGUCUUGCAGCACGAUAUUCAGACUGCAAAGUCACCCUUGUCCACCUAGCAAGGCACUGCCGUUGAUCUCCCGUCGUGUACCCGCCAGCCCCCACGUCCAUCCUGCCACAACAGGCUAAGCGCUUCCGAAACCCGCGGUGUAUAAUCACGAAAGAGUCCAGAACACACAAUGGCCCGUUGCCCAUGGCAUUACAGAGGCUUCAAAGACUUUGUUGACGCUGCCAUAGCUAGGCUUGUCUCCCCAAUCUGGGCAUCAAUGCUGCUGCUCACUUGGUAUUGCCUGCCUGUGCAAGCAUACUUACCGCAAUGGGGUGCCAGGUGGAUGUCCUGGAGAUGCGAGGCAGUGAAUGCGCUGCUAUCUGCGCCGCGAUUUCUGCUGGCCCGACUGUGGGAAUAUCUCUAUACGCCACCAUGUAACCAUCAUAGGUGUCAGUUACGGCGUUAUAUGUCGCCGCCACCGCCGCCACAACAGCCAUGGUAUAUGUACCUGAAACGCUUUUACCGGCCAAUAGGGUGGGCAUGCAGCACUGUCUGGCCUCGAGCGCGUCCCCAACAAGAUACCGACGCGUCAGCAUUUCUGCGUCUUCCGGUCGAGCUGAGGAACAUGAUAUAUCUCUACGCAAGCGGCGCCAGUGGAUACCGAAUCCACUCUGUCGAUUUAGCAGCCUAUCAUCCCCGCAACGGGCAAAGAGAAGAUGCCAUAUCUUACCUAGUCAUAGACGACCCAAUACUUGCCCUGCAUGGUCAUUAUCCGCCGACCAACUUACUCUUGGUUUGCAAAGCAAUAUACCACGAAGCACGCCAACAGUUCCUCUCUACAACGUCAUUCGAAGUUCAUCCCUUGACUCCCAGUGACGACACAUGGAUCUUUGAGUACUACACCAGUUUAGCCCAGUAUCCCGCCUAUGAAACCCUGGGCAAAUCCAUAUUUGUGUCGGCCAUGCAAAAGGUAUACUUGCGCAUCAAUAUAGCAAGGUUUCUGACCACCCGAGUAAGGCGACCAUGUCCGCCCCACGGCCGCCUGGUGACCAUAUCCAUGUUCGAGGCCAUUGGUUUGAAAAAAUGUACUCAGAUGCUGACCUGGGGCUCCAAAACGCUGUGUAAGGCUUUGAAGAAGAGUGCAUCCAGUUUGAGGCUCGUCGAGAUAUGCUGGGUUGACGACUUUCCGCACGACAUAAGCCCGCAUGAUCUGGACAUGAGAGCGGCUAUUUUGCAGCCACUCUCUGAACUGGUAUCUGUGGACGUACGUAUCAAGAAGCUGGUCAUGAUAGGAAAUGGACGGGAAGCGUUGUUGAAGACGCUCAAAAACUCUUUACGUGCAGUACCUGGUCGAGCAAGACGGUGGUAA